AUGCGGGGUACAUCCCAGCCCCACCUGCUGGCCUUCUUCCUCAGCCUGCUCUCACAGGUGUCAACCCAGCUGUGUCAGACACCAUGCACCUGCCCCUGGCCACCACCCAGAUGCCCGCCGGGAGUGCCCCUGGUACCAGAUGGCUGUGGCUGUUGCCGAGUGUGUGCGCGGCGGCUGGGGGAGUCCUGCGACCACCUCCACGUCUGUGACCCCAGCCAGGGCCUGGUUUGCCAGCCUGGAACAGGCCCUGGUGGCCGGGGGGCUGUGUGCCUCUUCGAAGAGGAGGCCGGGAGCUGUGAAGUGGGUGGCCGCCUGUACCAGGAUGGAGACACCUUCCAGCCACACUGCAGGGUCCUGUGCCGCUGCGAAGAUGGCGGCCUCACCUGCGUGCCACUGUGUAGCGAGGACAUCCGGCUGCCCAGCUGGGACUGUCCCCACCCCGUGCGGGUGGAGGUACCUGGCAAGUGCUGCCCUGAGUGGGUGUGCAACCAGGGAGGCGGGCUGAGGACCCAGCCCCUCCAAGUGCAAGGACCCCAAUUUUCUGGCCUUGCAGCUCCCCAGCCUCCUGGCGUCGCAUGCCCAGAAUGGAGCACAGCCUGGGGCCCCUGCUCGACCACCUGUGGGCUGGGCAUGGCCAGCCGGGUGUCCAACCAGAAUCGCUUCUGCCGACUGGAGACUGAACGCCGCCUGUGCCUGCUGGGACCCUGCCCUCCAACCAGGGGCCGCAGCCCACUGGGCAGUGCUUUCUAGAGCCAGCUGGGAGAGGAGACGAGGUGCUCACUGUCCCCAGCGGGUGGCCCUGACAGCAGCAGUCCACUGAGGGUCUGCCAUGCGGG